AUGCGAUCUAUAAAUGAUCAACAGUUUGGUGAAUUUCUUUUACGUGUUGGAGAUGGUGUACAACCUACCAUUGGAGAUGAAAUGAUCAAAGUACCAACAUCGAUGGCAAUACCAUGGAACGACGAAGAAUCAAUAGUUCGACUAUUACAAGAAAUUUAUCCUGAUAUCAUAAACCAUUCCUUUGAUGCCGGGUAUAUGGUUAGUAGGGGCAUAAUAACUCUUCGCAAUGAAGAUGUCGACAAGCUCAAUGAGAAAAUCAUUCAAAGAUUUCUGGGAGUAUCAAGAGUGUACCACUCAUUUGAUAAAGUUGAAAAUGAUACCCAAAAUUUGUUUCAACAAGAGUUUUCAAAUUCCAUUUCACCCGGAGGAAUGCCUCCACAUGCAUUGCAUUUGAAAGUUGGAGCCCCAAUUAUGCUUUUGAGGAACCUUGACCCUUCUUCUGGUUUGUGCAAUGGCACAAGGCUAUUGUGUCGAGCUUUGAAUAAUAAUUUCAUAGAUUCAGAGAUUUUAACAGGACAUUUCAAAGACACGAGAGUUUUCCUGCAUCGCAUUCCAUUAAAGGCUCCGGAAAACUUAAAACUUUCAUUUGAAAUGACUCGCACACAAUUUCCAGUUCGCCUUAGUUUUGCUUUGACAAUAAAUAAAUCACAAGGUCAAACAAUUCCACAUGUGGGAAUUUACCUUCCGGAUCAUGUAUUUAGUCAUGGACAACUAUAUGUUGCUUUAUCUCGAGGGGUGUCAGAUCAGACAACAAAAGUCUUGGUUAAAAAGGGUUCAGUUAAUAAUGAAGAAGGAGUGUGUACCCGCAAUGUAGUCUACAAAGAUGUUUUGUUACCAAAUUAUUGA